AUGUUCUCGAUUUGUAAGCAGGUAGUUCCUGCAACAGGCAUUGAAUUUGCCAUUAAGUGCAAGUUCUUUAACAAUCUCGAAGAGAACUUGGUUGUUGGUGGUGCAAAUGUCUUGAAAAUUUAUCGAGUUAUUCCAGAAGUUGAGCUUAACACAAAAGAGAAAUUCACCGAUCAUCGACCACCAAACAUGAGAAUGGAAUGUCUAGCAUCAUAUGAGAUAUUUGGGAAUAUCAUGUCUUUACAGUCUGUGUCAUUAAAUAAUUCACCAAGAGAUGCACUUUUAAUAAGCUUCCAAGAAGCUAAAUUGUCUGUUGUACAACAUGAUCCAGACACUUAUGACUUAAAGACAUUGUCACUUCAUUAUUUUGAGGAAGACGAUGUUAAAUGUGGAUGGACAGGAAACCAUCAUAUUCCAAUUGUUCGAGUUGAUCCAGAUAAUCGAUGUGCAGUUAUGCUUGUUUAUGGCAAGAAGCUUGUGGUGCUUCCAUUCAGAAAAGACAAUACACUUGAUGAAAUUGAGAUUCAGGAUGUUAAGCCAAUGAAAAAGACUCCAAUGCAGCUUAUUGCCAAAACUCCAAUUUUACCGUCUUAUUUAAUUGCUUUGAAGGAUCUUGACGAGAAAAUUGAUAAUGUGCUUGAUAUCCAAUUUUUGCAAGGCUACUAUGAGUCUACUUUGUUGAUUUUAUAUGAACCCGUAAGAACUUAUCCUGGACGAAUCGCUGUAAGAAAUGAUACAUGCUGCCUUGUUGCCAUUUCCUUAAACAUUCAACAACGCGUACAUCCUGUAAUUUGGUCAGUAACAAAUCUGCCAUUUGAUGCACUUCAAGCUGUUCCAAUUAAUAAACCAAUAAGUGGAUGUCUAAUUUUGUGCGUAAACUCAUUAAUCUAUCUUAAUCAGAGUGUACCAAGUUAUGGUGUCAGCCUCAAUAGUUCGGCCGAUCACUCAACAAAUUUUCCUCUAAGACCACAAGAUGGUGUAAAAAUAAGUCUAGAUUGUGCUCAAGUGGCUUUCAUCAGCAACGAUAAGUUGGUAUUAUCUCUUAAGGAUGGUGAAUUGUAUGUUUUAUCACUUCUUGCUGACUCAAUGAGAAGUGUGAGAAGCUUUCAUUUUAGUCGUGCUGCUUCAAGUGUCCUCACGAGCUGUAUUUGUUUGUUCCACGAAGAGUAUCUAUUUUUGGGAUCACGUUUGGGAAAUUCACUGCUGUUACGAUUUAAAGAGAAAGAUGACAAUACAGUAAUAACAAUUGAAGAUACAGAUACACCAACAGUCGAAAAGGAUUCACAAGUAGCCAUCAAGAAGAUGCGUUUAGAGGAAGAAGAACUUUUGGUAUAUGGGGCAAAAUCAACAAAGACAUCUGUUCAUUUAUCAAGUUACAUCUUUGAAGUAUGCGAUAGCUUAAUAAAUCUUUCGCCUAUUGGUUUUAUGGCUGUAGGAGAGCGUGUUUCACGACAAGAUGAACAUUUAGAUGAGGAUGAUGAGAGUGAUAAACGUGAUGUAUCAAAAAUGGAACUAGAAGUUGUGGCAAGUGUAGGUCAUGGCAAAAACGGAGCUGUUGUCUUUAUGCAAAACACAUUGAGACCAAAAAUUCUUACAAGUUUUGAAUUGAAUGGAUGUUUAGAUUUAUGGACGGUCAUUGAUGAUUCACAGAUGAAAAAUGAGAAUAAGCAUUCCUUCAUGAUUCUCACACAAAGGUCAACAACAAUGGUUUUGAGAACUGGCGAUGAAAUCAGUGAUAUUCAUAAUACAGGAUUUGCUUGCAAUACUCCAACUAUAUUUAUUGGCAAUCUAGGUUCCAAUCGAUAUAUUGUACAAGUCACAUCUAAAUCUAUUCGACUAAUACAAGGGACAAAAUUGGUUCAAAAUAUUCCAAUUGAUUUAGGACAUCCAUUAACGAAUGUCUCAAUUGCUGAUCCAUAUAUUUGUGUACGUGCCUCAAAUGGACAAGUUAUAACACUAGCAUUGCGUGACAAUCGUGAAAAUACAUCCCAAAGAUUAUAUAUGAAUCGUAAUCGAAUUAGCGGCACUGCAACAUGUAUUUCAAUCUAUAAAGACACAUCUGGCAUGUUUACAACUAGUUGUGAUGAUUAUGCGGAUUUAACAAAAACAGCAAGUGGAUCACACGAUUUUGGUGGAUAUAUGAAGGCAGAACCAGGCAAGGAAAUUGAGGAUGAAGAAGAUUUGUUGUAUGGCGAGACAGGAAGUAAAUUUAAAAUGCAAUCUAUGGCUGACAUGUCAUUAAGCUCAAAUGCACAACGAUCUGACUGGUGGCGUCGUUUCCUUCAACCAAUUAAGCCUUCAUACUGGUUGUUUGUGACACGCGACAAUGGUAAUCUCGAAAUUUAUUCCGUACCCGAUUUAAAGCUCGUGUAUUUAAUUACGGAUGUUGGAAGUGGAAAUAAAGUCUUAACUGAUGCAAUGGAAUUUGUCCCACUGACAAAUGAAGAGGCAACAUCACAGAAAAUGGAUCAAACGUCCUCGGACUUAAUGCCAUGCGAAAUUCUAUUACGUGGUCUUGGACAUAAUGGAAGUCGUCCGUUGCUAUUCAUUCGAAUGAAAAAUGAUUUAUAUAUUUAUCGUGUCUUUCGGUAUAUCCAAGGAAAUUUAAAAAUUCGUUUUCGUCGCAUGAGACACACAAUAAUUUAUUCCUCGAUAGAUCAAGUAGCAAAAGAAGAGCCGAUGGAUGUUAAUGAUGAGAAUGAGGAAAUUACAAUUAAUCCAGGAUAUGCACAAAAGUUACGGUUCUUUAACAACAUUAAUGGCUUGUCAGGUGUCUGUAUUUGUGGAAAUCGACGAUCAUACUUUGUCUACUUGACAGUUAAAGGUGAGUUAAGAACACAUCAAUUUAAUGACGAUUCAAUAUCGUCGAAUAGUGGAAGUAUUAGAUGCUUUGCUGAGUUUAAUAACAUCAAUUGUCCAAAUGGAUUUCUUUAUUUCAACAUUACGGAUGAUAAUUUAAAAAUAUCAACAUUUAACGAGCAAUUUAAUGUUGAUGCUGAUUGCCCGAUGCAUAAAGUAUCAUUACGUACAACACCCACACAUAUUGUCUAUCAUCCAGACGUAAAAGUUUAUGGUUUAGUGCUAGACACUAAGGAGGUUACAAAUAAAUUUUUCCGUUUUAAUGGCGAGGAUAAGGAGCAAUUUGAGGAUAAUCGUGGUGAGAGAUUUUUAUAUCCACAAGUUGAUAAAUUUACAUUCGUUCUUGUGUCACCAUCAAAUUGGCAAAUUGUGCCUGAAAUUCAGAAGGAAUUAGAUGAAUGGGAGCAUGUUCUAACAUUAAAAAUGGUCAUGUUGACAUAUGAAGGUGCUCAAUCUGGAUUUAAAGGAUAUAUUUGUAUGGGUACAAACUUCAAUUAUAGCGAGGAUAUAACAUCUCGUGGUCGUAUAUUAUUAUUUGAUUUAAUUGAAGUCGUUCCGGAGCCAGAUAAGCCAUGGACGAAAUAUAAAUUGAAGGAAAUUUAUGCGAAAGAACAAAAAGGUCCAGUAUCGGCUGUAACAAGUUGCCGUGGAUUACUCGUAUCGGCUGUUGGACAGAAAGUAUAUCUAUGGCAAUUAAACAAUGGUGACUUGACAGGUGUUGCCUUCAUUGACACUAAUAUCUACAUUCAUCAAAUGGUCUCAAUAAAAUCACUUAUUCUUAUUGCUGACGUCUACAAAUCGGUUACAUUGCUGAGAUUUCAAGAUGAAUUUAGGACAUUAUCGAUUGUGUCACGUGACUAUAAUCCUUUAAUGGUUUAUCAGAUUGAAUAUGCUGUCGAUAAUACAAAUUUAGCAUUUCUUGCAUCCGAUUCGGAAUCAAAUUUAUCAAUUUUUAUGUAUCAACCAGAUUCUCGUGAAUCACAUGGUGGACAGAAGCUAAUUCGUAAGGCUGAUUAUCAUUUAGGACAAAAGGUGAAUGCAAUGUUUCGUGUUGCUUGUAAUUUAAAGUAUCAAUAUGAUAAGAAAGUUCCUGCUUAUGAUAAUAAGCACAUGACAUUUUAUGCGACCCUCGAUGGAAGCUUUGGAUUUAUUUUGCCACUUCCGGAGAAGACAUAUCGGCGACUCUUUAUGUUACAGAAUGUCUUACUUACCCAUAGUGCUCAUUUAUGUGGAUUGAAUCCGAAAUCAUUCAGGACAAUCAAACAAUGGAGAAAGAUUCUAGCAAAUCCGGCACGGGGUGUGCUUGAUGGUGAAUUAUUGUGGCAGUAUAUGCAUCAAAAUUAUAAUGAUAAGCAGGAGAUUGCAAAGAAAAUUGGCACGAAAGUUGAGGAAAUCUAUCAAGAUAUUUAUGAGAUUGAUACUUUGAGUCGAAUAUUUUAA